AUGAAUGUCCCACGCCAACCCCUCUACAACAUCAAUAGAGUACUCACUGUUGAUCCACUUGGCCUCAGGGUCGUGAACCUUGAAGUCCUUCCUGAAGAUGUCCCCCACGGUGCAAUUCUCAGUAAACUCUACAAAAUCCCAGAGCUGAAGGGGAAGGAUGUGGAGGACCUCUUCACAGCGGUCCUUAGUCCCAGCACCAGCCAGCCUCCACAGCUGUCUCACCCUGGGGCCAAUGGACCUGGAGCCAUGGCCCUUCCAUACCCAGGCGACGGUGGGAUGUUCCCCCAGAUGCCAAUGAUAAACGGCAUGAUGGGGCCCAACCCCCAUUUUCCUCCAACUCCCAUGAUGCCCGGCGGCACAGGCCCAUGUGGCCCCGGCAACUUUUCGCCCAUCCACAGAAUACCUUUCCAAGAGAAUAUGAGGGACAAGAAGUUUAGCCAGAUGGGGGGUGAUGUAGUGGUUCCAUGGAGCGCGCCCGUCCCCGGCCCCCUUCCGGAGGGAGAGACAGACACCAUGUCCAACGCGCAGAGGAGCACGCUCAAGUGGGAGAAGGAGGAGACUCUGGGCGAGAUGGCCACUGUGGCCCCAGUCCUUUACACCAACGUCAACUUCCCCAACCUCCUAGGGGAGUUCCCAGACUGGGCUAUGAGAGUGAAACAAAUCGCAAAAUUAUGGAGGAAAGCCAGUUCCCAGGACAGGGCCCCAUAUGUGCAAAAGGCACGCGAUAACCGGGCAGCGCUGCGCAUUAACAAAGUUCAGAUGUCCAACGAUACGCUGAAGAGACACGAGAAUCCUCACCAGCAGCCGUUGACUGACCCCUUUGACCCCAAUAGUGUCCCCAUGGACGCUGAGCUGCUCUUCAAAGAUACUCUCAAGCCCAAGGAGUCUGAGCACGAGCAGGAGUGGAAGUUCAGACAGAUGCCCUCGUACCUCACGCAGGGACCAUCCUCCCAGCCCCAGUCACCACAUAUGUUUUCCCCGGAUUCCUCCUCAGCUCCCGGCCGUCCUCGCCCUGGGACCCCAUACGCCAAAAUGGUGGGCACCCCGAGACCGCCCCCUGGGGGUGGUGGAUCCACCACGCCCGGCAGAACUCUCUGUCGGAGAUGCAGGAAAAGGGGAGGGAGGCCUUCCCCGGCCCACGGGAGUCGUUUGUCUUGCCCAAGUUCUGUAAUGCUGACCCCUAUGCUAAGAUGCCAGCCACCCCAGGCCCCCCGACCCCUUGCUAAACACAUGGGACCCGCCAGGGUGGCCCUUCAGGACUGGUUGAGCAGCAGCAACACCAGCAGGUCAGGCACAACAUGGCCCUUGCUCACUCCCAUCCCUGGCAGCAAAGAUCAGGCCUCCGUCCCGGUGUUCAAAGCCCCAUGCCUCCCCAGCAGUCCCAGCAAGAGCCCUACGGUGGCCCUAUGCCUGGGGGACUUAAACGAGGGCCAUCUGAUGGCUUUCCCAAGGAUACAGGCCGACCCUUACGCCCAGCCUCUCACCCCGGCCACCCAUGGGGGAAGGGUUCCCCAACGAGCCGAAGAUGAUGCCGCCAAACCCAGGAGGCCAUUUCUCUCAACCAUGCCAAUGAUUAGAACACCCUCACAGAAACCCACCAGUUCCCCAGCAGCACCCACCCAAUCACAGACCGUCUCCAUCUCACUCCAUGGAUCCUUAUGCUUCCAUGCCAGGUACCCAGACCAGCCCCAGGGGAUAGGUUUCCCAAAUCCCCCCGGUAGUCAAAGGAACAUGGACCCGUAUGCCCAACAACCCGGAACACCAAGACCGCUCCUCGGACCCUACGCACAAGCUCCAGGGACGCCGCGGCCAGAAGCAGGCCCUGAUGCUUCAAUCGACUAUGCUCCAGACCGACACCCAUGUCCCAGCUCCCCAGCUGACCCAUUCUCCACCAGUCUCCGGGCAGGGUGCAGGACGGGUUUGCCUGUACAAGCGCCAGGGCUCUCAGACAAACAGCAUGCUACCAACCUGGGAGACACUGAGGAGAAGCUCAGACAGCCGCAGAGACUGCGCCAGCAGAUCCUUAGGCAGCAGCAACAGAAGUCUGCCAUCCGGCAAGAGAAAGGACUACUACAGGAAACUGUUGCAGCCCAGCCCGGGACGCCCCGCCACUGGUCACAUGAAGAUCCCGCCCCACAGAAUGACAUGUUCGGCAGACCACCACCACUUACCCAGGACCCAGUUUGGAUUCCCUCCCAGCGCUCAAGGAUCCCUUCAACCAGGCCAGGAGCAACACUUCCUCAGGCCCUUAACCAGAUGCCCGGCGGGCCCAUGGUCGACAAUGUUCCACCCCAGAUGAGAAUGUCCCACUCGGUGGACUUUUCCAGGGGGGUCAUGGGGGUCAACACCCCAGAUGGGGCUCCCCCAGCCCUUCCCCCACAGGGCUUCCUGUCCAGCAGCAACAACAUCAUGGGUCAGCCGUUCAUCGAGCUCCGUCACAGGGCCCCUCAGAACAGGAUGGGAUGCCCUUUGGGCAUGGACCUCCAAAUGUCAUGGACCCCUCCAACCAGCCCCAGAUACCACCCCAGGGCUUCAUGGAAAGGCCAGGAGAUGGGCUUCGCUGGAUGUGGAUGGGUCAAAGACCUGGUCGAUCUGAACCUGAACCUGGACCCGGAUGAUGGCAAAGACCUUGAACUGGGACCCAAUGACCUGCACCUCGACGACUUCUCAGUCAGGGAAGUUUGAGGGAAGUUUGACCUCAUCGCCUACACGGACCCCGAGCUCAACCUGGAUGACAAGAAAGACAUGUUCAGUGAAGAAGAUCUGGACCUGGGCGACCCUAUGGAGGACCACCAACAGGGUGAGACCUCAGACCUCCAGAAAGCCUUGUCGGAGAAGAGGAAAGGCAGCGUGGAUGGCGCAGCCACCUCGUCCCGAUCCGGGGGGAAAUCUGACAAACCGGAGGCCAAUGAAGCGAAAGAGACCUUGGACAUGUUUAAAACCGAGGAUACAAUCAAAACGGAGGUCAAAGAUGAACACGUGCAAAACCAGGACCAGUCUCUCUGCAGUGGCCCGAUGAAUGACAACAGAACCAUGACAAACCAAGAGGGUGCAGGGCUGUAUGAGCAGGCUGACUCCGGCUCAACUCCGGUCCUCUCCUGCCUUCUGAUCAAAGAAAAACUGGAAAACACUGGGUUUGGCCCAAACUGCUCUCCUCACCAAGGGGACAUGGCUGCCCAGGCCACCGGGCUACACCCAAGCACCGGCAUGCUGAUGCUACCUAGGCAACACGCCCAAGACAACAGGCUCAAUCCCAGCGUGGCUAUGGGACAUCGGGUGAGCCCCACGUUGGUUCAGAGCAGACUUUCAAUGGGAAACCUCAUCUCAGGGGGCAACCACAGCUUCGGGGCCUCAGCCAACCAACAGGUGGAGCUCAACCUAGCCAUGGUUGGAGCCGGUCAGCAGCCCACUGCCCACGGCCUGAACCCCCAGGGCCAGCAGGGCAUGUUCCCCCAACAGCAGGGCCCCUCGCUGGGGCAGGCCGGCCCACAGAACAGGCCUCUGCUGCUGGAAGAGCAACCCCUCCUCCUACAGGACCUGCUGGACCAGGAGAGGCAGGAGCAGCAGCAACAGAGGCAAAUGCAGGCCAUGAUCCGACAGCGCUCCAGCGACUCCUUCUUCCCCAAUAUGGACUUUGAUGCCAUCACGGACCCGAUCAUGAAGGCCAAGAUGGUAGCUCUGAAGGGAAUCAAUAAAGUCAUGGCUCAAAACAGCAUGGGAAUGCCCCCAAUAGUCAUUAACAGAAUUCAGCAGACGCCAGGAGCACAUGGACCAGAUGCUGCCGCCACUCUGCCUCAACAUGUGCUUGGACAGGACGGGAAGUUGGCUCCACAGAUGGCAAGACCAAACCCCCCAAAUUUUGGACCUGGAUUUGUCAACGACAGCCAGAGGAAGCAGUAUGAGGAGUGGCUCCAGGAGACCCAGCAGCUGCUCCAGAUGCAGCAGAAGUUUCUAGAAGAUCAGAUUGGGGCCCACAGGAAGUCCAAGAAGGCCCUGUCGGCCAAACAGCGAACCGCCAAGAAGGCGGGCCGGGAGUUCCCUGAGGAGGACGUCGAGCAGCUGAAGCAUGUGACCGAGCAGCAGAGUGUGGUGCAGAAGCAGUUGGAGCAGAUUCGGAAACAGCAGAAAGACCAUGCAGAGCUGAUAGAGGAGUACCGUGUCAAGCAGCAGCAGCAACGGCCAAGUCUCCAGGCUCCUAUGAUGCCAGGGAUGCCACCCAUGCCUGUGAUGCCUACUCAAGCUGCCCCUAUGAUGCCCGGAGCGCCCCCUAUGGGCCAGCCCAUGAUGGGGCCCAUGAUGCCAAUGCAGCCCCACCCCAGCCAACAUAACCCUGCCCGCAUUCCCAACAUGCCAGGCUGGCACCCAGGGGGAGCCCAAGGACUGAUGGGAGGCCCAGGUCCAAGAAUUCCAGCUCACAUGCCCCCACAGAUGCCCCAUGCCAGCCCUGCCCAGUUGCCACCGCCCCAGUUACCACCCCAAGCCCAACUACCACCACAGCCCCCACCCUCAAUGGUGCCUGGCGCAAAAGCUACACCAACGGGAAACGGAACAGGUGCCCAGGGAGCCAGCGGAGCUAACGGUGGAAGUGGUGGCAACAGCCUCGCUGUGAAAUUUGACGACAACAACCCAUUCAGUGAGGGCUUCCAGGAGCGCGAGAGGCGGGACCGCCUGAGGGAGCAGCAGGAGAGACAGCGGGUCCAGCUUAUGCAGGAGGUGGAGAGGCACCGGGCCAUGCAGCAGCGGCUGGAGAUGGAGCAGCAAGGCCUGGGUCUGGGGCCUACUGGGCUCCCAUCCGGCUCUGGAGCUACAAACCCCGGAGGGGAUAGCCUGGCCCACAUGCCAUUCUACAGUACUGAUCUGCCCCAAGACUUCAUGCAACCCUCUAGGCCUCAACAACAGCAGGGGCAGCUAGGGCCCAUGUUCCCCGAGCAGAGCAACAUGCAGCCAAGCUUCACCACCACUGGCGUGCCACUCCCAGGUCAGGGAUUCAUGCCGGAUGGUGAGCGCAGGUCCAUGCCUGGGAACAGGGCAUUUGGUAGUCCCGAGAUGGGUCCCAAUUUCCAGUCCAAAAUCCCCAUGCUACAGGGGCUUAACUACCCUCCUGGACAGCCCCGUCCCGCUGGGUUCAGAGGCCGUGGGAUGAUGCCUCAGGUUGGGGGCGAGGGACAUGGACCCCCGUUCGGAAUGGACUCAUCCACCCCCCUACCUCCCAACUACCCCGGCUCAGGCCAGUCCUUGAUCCAGCUCUACUCCAACAUCAUCCCAGAGGAGAAGGCCAAGAAGAAGAGGAACAGGAAGAAGAAGAGAGACUCUGUCGACGACGCAGACUCAGUCAAGACCCCAUCCACUCCCCACUCAGACCUCUGCGCCCCACUGACUCCCUCCCACGUGUCUGACACCUCAUCCACCCCCACCCGGAGCCUCAGCAUUCCUGGAGAGCAGGAUCUGUCUGAUCUUUUCCUCCCUGUGGGGUCCUCGGGUUUGGCCCCCUCCUCAGAACUGGAGAGGCAGCUCUCGGGCAGCAGCUUAGCCCAGGGUGGGCUCUCCAACAUGGGCUCGGAGAAUGACCGGGCCUCCCUGUUUGACGAAACCCUCCAAAUCAAGCUGGAGAGGAUAGAGACUGAGUGCAGAGGGGCCGUGGCAGCCAACGAAGGGUCUGCCUUGCGGCACGGUCCCCGAGCCGGGGGGAUAGUGAAGGAGGAGGAGGGAAGCGAGGGGGGACUCUCUUCGCCACUCCAUGGCACCAAAGGGGGUGACGCAGGGAAUGAGCUGCUUAAGCACCUGCUGAAGAACAAGAGUACGCCCCCGCCAGGUGCCAGUGCCAACCAGACCCCUCCCACACAGCAGAUGUCCUGCAACAGCCUUAGCUCAGAGCAGGAGGCCUCGGCAGACCUCAAAGCCACCGCCAGGCCGGCCUCCACCACCAACAACAUGACUCCCCCACACAGUCAGCUGACAGGAAGCACAGAGCUUCUAGAACCCUCGGUUCCGGCACAGGGCAAAAGGAAGCAGCAACGCAACAAACGGACGCCCAAAAACGGGGCAGAGAAACCGCCGUCACGCUACAAGAGGAGGAAGAAGGAGGAAGAGGAGAGGCAGAUCGGUUAUUCCAGUACUGACAGUCUGACCCAGCUCAAACGGCAGCUCUCUCUGCUGCCCCUGAUGGAGCCCCUAAUGGGGGUCAACUUUGCCCACUUCCCACCCUUCGGCAGCGGGCAGGUCAACGGGGAGAACAGGCUGUCGGGCUCCUUCGGCAGCGCCUCUCUGGACGGCGUGUCAGACUACUAUUCACAGCUCAUCUACAAGCAGAACAACUUGAGCAACCCACCUACCCCUCCUGCAUCACUCCCACCCACGCCGCCUCCCAUGGCGAGGCAGAAGAUGGUCAACGGGUUCGUCACGGCCGAGGACCUGGCCAGGAAAGCUGCUGUCUUGGGCGCCCAUGAUGUGAUCAAAGGACUGGGAGCCAAGCAGCUGCCUACAGCGUUCCGGACAGAGGAAGACCUCAUGGCCCAUGACAUCACCCAGGGGCCCAAGACAGUGGACGUUCCCGCCUCGCUCCCCACACCACCCCAUAACAACCAGGAAGAACUCAGGGGCCAGGACCACUGUGUAGACAGGGACACCCCCGACGGCUUUGUCCCCUCCUCAUCCCCCGAGAGCGUAGUCGGCAUGGAGAUCAGCCGCUACCCCGACCUGUCAAAGGUCAAGGAGGAGCCCACCUCGCCUUGCUCCUCUCCCGUCAUACCCAUGCUGCCUAGCGCCAGCGGGAAAGGAACUGAGAUAAAGCAAGAGGUCAAAACUGAACGCUCCUUCUUCGGGUCCCAGUUUGGACAGCCUCCAUCCUGUGCCAAAACUGGCCUGGUAUCCAUAGAAAUCACCUUGAAUCCGGUCUCAGCGGAGAACAUCCCUGGCGUUGUGGCUGCGGUGGCCGAUCUACUGUGUGUGACCAUCCCCGGCAGCUACGAGGUGAGCCGCAGCCCAGAGCGCAGCUCCCUGGCCUUACUGGCUGGACUCAAGGUGCCUCAGACCCAGGGAAUGGACCCCCUUCACGUAUCCAUGUUUCCCCAGCACCAGCAGCCCCCCACCAUGAGGUCCCUGAGACCCCCCGGAUCACCCAACCAUCCCAGAAUUAGCCAGCCGUUUCAGCCCAUUGGCCCGCCCACCAGCGCAGGUUCAGCUGCCAGGGGGGAGGGGCCUAAACCCCAGUGGUGCUGCCACUGCAAGGUGGUGGUUCUGGGAAACGGAGUGCGCAAGUCCACCAAAGACCUAUCCUGCAGCAAACGGGAGAGACCGAGCCAGGUCUUCUGCAGCCGCAACUGUUUUGUCCUCCACACCGCAGCCACACAGUCCAAAGCCACAGACAGUAAGCCAAACAUGUCUCCUCUCUUGCCUGAGUCGUCGGUCAAAGAGAGCCCGUCCAAGGUGCUCCACCAGUAUAGCAACAACAUGUCCACACUGGACGUCCACUGCCUGGCCCAGCUGCAGCCCAAACAGUCUGCCCCCUCCAGCCCUCCUCCCAUCUCCUUCCCCACAGAGAAACCUAAGCCGGACACCCUCAAGAUGACGGUCAAGCUCAAGCCAAGGCCCCGAGCAGUCCACUCUGCCAGCGGGGGUGGUGAUGACAUGUCGCCCCGCCACCACAAGCGCUGGAAGGGCCUGCGCUGGCGCAAGUGGAGUGUACACAUCAUGUUUCCCACUAGAGGCAGCCUGCUGUCCUCUCUGCCCGGUGAGGAUGAGGUGGAUGAGCUYCUGAGGAAGCUGGGUGCCUCUCUGCGUCCCGAUCCCCUCCCCCGGGACCUGCGGCGUUGCUGCUUUUGCCAGGAGGAGGGCGAUGGCAUGACAGACGGGCCCGCACGCCUCCUCAACCUAGACCUGGACCUGUGGGUACACCUGAAUUGCGCCCUGUGGUCAUCUGAGGUGUAUGAGACGCAGGCAGGUGCCCUGAUCAACGUGGAGCUGGCACUGCGGAGGGGCAUGGCGGUGCACUGCACCUACUGCCAGCAGACAGGCGCCACCAGUGGCUGCCACCGGCUGCGCUGCGGCAACGCCUACCACUUCACGUGCGCGCUCAAGGCCCAGUGCACCUUCUUCAAGGACAAGACAAUGCUGUGUCACCUGCACCGGCCCCGUGGCAUCGGCAGUGGCGAUGGGAGAGGAGGCGACAGGGCCGUGGCGCCCGCCACUACCCACCACGACCAGGAGCUGCGAUGCUUCACAGUGUUCCGCCGCGUCUAUGUGCAGCGCGAUGAGGCGCGGCAGAUGGCCAGCAUCGUGCAGCGUGGCGAGCGCCGACACACGUUCCGCGUGGGAAGCCUGGUGUUCCACACCGUGGGUCAGCUGCUGCCCCAGCAGAUGGCUGCCUUCCACUCAGCGAACGCCAUCUUCCCCGUGGGCUACCGGGCCAGCCGCAUCUACUGGAGCACACGCCAAGGCAACCACCGAUGCCGCUACCUGUGCUCGGUGGAGGAGAACGAGGGCCAGCCGGAGUUUGUGGUGCGGGUGAUAGAGCAAGGCUACGAUGACCUGGUGCUCACCGGCGCCUCACCCAAAGGUGUAUGGGACAAGAUUCUAGAGCCUGUGGCUGACCGGCGUAACGAAUCAGGAACUCUGAAACUGUUCCCCGUCUACUUGAAGGGAGAGGACCUGUUUGGAUUCACCGUCACCGCCGUCACCAGGAUCGUAGAAUCGCUCCCCGGAGUGGAAGCCUGUGACAGAUAUACUUUCCGGUUCGGACGCAACCCUCUCAUGGAGCUCCCCUUGGCCAUAAACCCAACUGGCAGUGCCCGCUCAGAACCCAAGGCCUGCAGCCAUGUCAAGAGGUUGGUGUUAAGACCUCACACUUUGUCCAGCACCGGUAUCGUCUCCUCUAAGUCCAUGCAGACGGUUGGCAGCGUGGGUGUGGUGGAAGCACCGGAAGAGGUGAUCCCCAAGCAGUUUGCAUCCGUCCCCUUCCAGUACCGACGCAUGAAAGCUGAGUGGAAGAGCAACGUGUACCUGGCGCGCUCCCGCAUUCAGGGGUUGGGUCUGUACGCCGCCAGGGACAUUGAGUCCCACACCAUGGUGAUUGAGUACAUUGGUACCCUCAUUCGCAACGAGGUCGCCAACCGGAUGGAGAAGAUGUACGAAUCCCAGAACCGUGGAGUCUACAUGUUCCGUCUGGACAGUGAGCAUGUUGUCGAUGCCACCAUCACUGGCGGACCAGCAAGAUACAUCAACCACUCCUGCGCCCCCAACUGCAUCGCCGAGACCGUGAGCUUGGAGAGAGGCGACAAGAUCGUCAUCAGCUCUUGCCGCAAUAUCCAGAGAGGAGAAGAGCUGUGCUACGACUACAAAUUUGACCUGGAGGACGACCAGCAUAAGAUCCCGUGUCACUGUGGUGCGGUUAAUUGCCGGAAAUGGAUGAACUAGAACAUAGACAAUUGGGGCAAAAUACAGGCUACAACACUUCCAAAUUAUGGCGCACGCACAUUCCUUAUCUUUUUAUAUGCUUGUUGGUUCAUCAGCUGAAAAACAUUGUAUUACUUAAACAAAGACAACUUAUCAGGGCAAGACACUGACCGCAGAACUGUUAGAGAAGACUAAAGAGGAAAGGGGCAUCGCAGGCACGAAGACAAUUCUUUUUGAGGCUGAGAACCGAGUCUUUCACUUAUAUAAAUGGAUUAAGGGGAGGGUGUUUUGGGGUAGAAUUCACCAGUUGACCAGGAGAGUUUUGUGCUGGCCACCGCCUUAUUUAGUUAUUGAGGCAGGUCCUCUGGAUUAUGAAAUAUAUACAAAUAUAUAUAUAUACAUAUAGUUACAGAAAUGUAGACACCACUGAACAAGGAAUGUACAGAGAAGACUUCCUUAGGGACAAAGCUAAGGGAUUAUUAACUUGCACUAAAACAAAUUUAGUCGAACAUACUUGAUUCCAUGAGUCAGUUUUUUUCCUUUUAUGUAAAAUACGAGAAUUUUUGUAUUUAUUAUCGAAUCACCGGCAAACUGCUGCCCAGGUUUUCAGUCUGAUCAGAACGUGUUACUUUAUACAAAGUGUAAAUAGUCAAUUAAGUAAACAAUUGACCAAAUGCUACCAUGGCUGUUUGGGUGAAUUACAUUUUUUUUUGACAAAAGUAUUUAAGAAGGAUGUCAUAUCAUUCUAAGAGUUUAUGUGCUGUAUAAAACUGUACAGAAUGUGUAAAAAAAAAAAA